AGGUUCACACUACCCCGCAACACGAGAAACUUCCAAGAAUGUGGAAAAAUAUUUAAGUCUAGUCCCACUACGAAUGUAGAUGAGGAGAUUGAAAGUGUUGAGGACCUCCAAGAUGCUUAUAACGAGUUAUUCAAGGAGUGCCUAAAACAAGCAGAGAGGUUGGUUUCAUUUAGCACGAGGCUCAAAAUGAGUGAAGAUGAAAAGAAAGAACUUCAUGUGGAGUUAGUUAAUUCCAAGGCUCAUAUUGUUGGGCUUGAGGUGGAGAAGAAGUUCCUCCAUGAUAAGGUGAAUGAGAUCACAAUGGGCGUUUAG